AUGUAUAGUCCCAUUAGCAGCACGUUUCUUCCUAAGAACUUUCACCUGGUGUGUGUAGACAUGCCCGGCCAUGAAGGGACCACACGCUCUGCUCUAGAUGACUUCUCAGUCAAUGGGCAAGUCAGAAGGAUACACCAGUUUGUUGAAAGCAUCAAUCUGAACAAGAAGCCAUUCCAUCUGGUGGGCACAUCCAUGGGCGGUCACAUUGCUGGGGUUUACGCUGCGCAAUACCCAUCUGAUAUCUGCAGUCUGUCUCUCAUUUGUCCUGCAGGCUUAAUGUUUCCAAAUGACAGCAAAUUAUUUAAACAGCUCAAAGUUAUGGAAAAGACGGGAUAUGACCAGAGGAUUCCUCUAAUCCCGUCCAGCGCAGGAGAAAUGGAGGAAAUGCUUAAACUCUGCUCGUAUGUACGCUUCAAAAUUCCACAGCAAGUCUUGCAAGGACUUGUUGAUGUCCGCAUUCCUCAUAAUGAAUUUUACAGAAAAUUAUUUUUAGCUUUAGUGGACGAGAAGUCACGACACAACCUACAUGAAAGUAUGACCAAAAUUGUUGUUCCAACACAAAUCAUUUGGGGAAAACAUGAUCAGGUGCUGGAUGUUUCUGGAGCCGAUGUUUUGGCAGAUUCUAUACCUGGCAGCCAAGUAGAAAUUCUGGAAAACUGUGGUCACUCAGUAGUAAUGGAAAGACCAAGAAAAACGGCCAAACUUAUAGUGGACUUUAUAUCUAAUCUACAAAACACAGAGAACAAUAAAAAACACGAAUGAAAUCCAGGAUGCCAAGAGCACAACAAUAGUUUAUUUCUAUCUAUUGUAUUACUCUGAGUUACUCAGGGAUAUUGUAGAACUCAUAGGGAAAAAAAACAGUUCCUAGUGAACUCAGUGUAUGAACUGGUAGCUAUAGGAUUUGAUACAUCUAUACACAGAUCUGUAGAACAGCAUACAGCUAAUUUAUACAACACUAAAAUAUUCAAAACAUUGAUUUUUUAUGAUAUACAGUAUAUCCUAAUAAUUAGCUUUAAAGGGACACGAAAACCCCCCUAAAAAUUCUUAAGCAUCUUUCCAAUUUACUUCUAUUAUCUCAUUUGCUUUGUUCUCUUUGUAUCCUUUGUUCAAUGUGCAGCAAUGCAAUACUGGGAGUGAGUUAACGCAAUGGGUGAGCCAAUAGCAUGAGACAUAUAUGUGCAGCCACCAAUCAGCAGCUCCUGAGCCUACCUAGGUUUCCUAUUUAACAAGGGAUACCAAGACAACAAAACAAAUUAGAAAAAAAGAAUUAAAUUAGAAAGUUGAAUAAUAUCAAAUGCUCUCCUUGAAUCAUGAACGAAAAAAAAUGGGUUUCAUGUCCCUUUAAAGGUACAAUAUACACCAAUUUUUACAUAACUGCAUGUAAUAGACACUACUAUAAAGAAUAAGAUGCACAGAUACUGAUAUAAAAAUCCAGUAUAAAACCGUUUAAAAACUUACGUAGAAGCUCCCAGUUUAGCUCUCUUUAUAAGGUUACUGGAACACCCACUGCAAGUGGGCGAUAUCAGACACUCCCCCUUCCUUUGCAUAUGAAAAGACCCUUUACACAAACAGAAGCAAGCUGGAAUAGGUAUACGUUGGUAUUCUCCUAAAUCUUUGGGGCUUGGUUAGGAGUCUGAAAAUCAGAGCAAUGUUAUUUAAAAAUAAGCAAAACUAUACAUUUUUUAAAAAACAAAACUUUAUGGACUAUAUAAAUAGAUCAUCUACAAAACAUUUAUGCAAAGAAAAAUCUAGUGUAUAAUGUCCCUUUAAUGAAAAUUCUUAAUGCUAACGAGAUUAUAACAUUCAGAUUUGUCAUUUACACCUCGUGGUAGACCAAUCAGGUACCUUACUUCAUGAUUCCAAAAUAUCUUUGAUUAUGCAGGCCUUGGCAUUUAUUUCGGAAUAAGUAGCAUGCAAUACUAAAGUGAAUGUACCGUAAUUAUUUCUACAACCACAAUGGGCAGUUACACAAUAUACUGUGAAAGCAAAUCUUCUUCAGAAUAAGAAUUUAUCUUAUACACAGCAUGCUGAAAGUAGUACUACUGUUUAAACAGAAUACAAUUCACUUGCAUUAUCUGCCUUCCAAUGUUGUGCUAUGCAGUUGCUUUGUCUAAAAAGGAAAAAAAAAAUGUGUGAAAAACAUAGGAAUUAAAUAGAAUAUGUGAUGAAACUUUACAUUUUCAAUUCUCUGGGGCCAAUUUAUCAAAUGUCUGUGGAUCUGGUGAACUGCUUGUGCAAUGCCGCCCCUGCAGAUUCGCGGCCAAUUACUAGCAGUGGGUGUCGAUCAACCCUAUCGUACACGAUCGGGCGGAUUGAUGUCCGCAGCCUCAGAGGCCAUUCGGCCCUUGAUAAAUCUGCCCCUCGAAGUCCAUAUUUGUGGCAACAAAGCAAUUAUCGCAUACUGUAGAAGCUUCAGAUAAUUGUUGAAAUCAUUCCAUAAAAAAUCUUUUAUGUGGCCUGCAUGGAAACUUUGUAACUUAGCUCACUGUGAAAAUACUGAACUUUUCUUACACCAGGCUAUAAAGGAAAUUACAACUGAGGAAAUUUGUUCCAAAGAUUUUUGGUUCCUUUUUUUUUGGCUUGUAAAUAUUUAUAGUAUGUACUGAAAACAUUACUACACCACCCUGAGGUACUUGUGCGCAUAAUCUUCCAAACUCCACGGGUUAUCCUGUAUCCCCUGAGAUUUGAAAUGAAUCUACAUAUUAUUAUGCAGGGAUGACAUUGUGCUGCUAAUCAUUUUGGGAGAGACAUAAAUAAAAAAAGAUGUAAAAAUCAAAA